GUUUCACUGCUGACUCCUCUGGAACAGUAAUCCAGCUGCCAGGAGUUGCAGCUGGUCAGUGCCACUGGCCUGGUGCUGGGGACAGAAGAGGGCUGUGCUCCUCCUUGCAGGUGACUUUGAGGGGUGGGAGAGGGGAUUGUGGGUUGGGUUCAUUUAAUGUUGGAAGGCACAAGCAUCAGAGCUUGUCCUGCCUGUGACAAGCUGCCUGUGACUGUGCUGUCCUGGGGACUCCCUGCCAGCAGGAUGUCUUCCUGCCAAGGGUCACAGCAGUGAUCGGGCUGGGUGCGGCCCUGACAAAGGCAGGUGUCCAGCCAAGUGACCUUCUCACCACAGUGUCCUGGAAAAGGAAAUGGUUUAGGAAGCCAGGGACUGAGGCUGUGUCCAGCUCUCAUACCUGCCAAGUCCCAGCUGGGAGAGUGUAACCCCUUAGGCAAGCCCUGGUGAUGCCACCAGGCUCCCAGAGCCACAGGAUGUGUUGGAGACAGUUCCAUGGCUUGGAGGCACAGGAAGGCUACUUCCAGGUGAGUGACUGCCCUGCCAGACCUCCCAGCUUCUCAACAAGGGGUGGGUUGUUGCUAGCACCAAUGGGGCACCAGACAAGCAACUGCCCAGCCCUCCCUGAUGCAUGGUUGCAGGUUUCAAGGAGAUGCUGGAGCAGCUCAAAUCCUCCUUCCAUCCCUCCUCUUUUCCUAGCAUUUAAAGAGCAGGGCCACCACUGCCAUCUGGCUGAGCCAGCCUCAGGGAUGGCCCAUGCCCUGACCUAGCCAUGGGAGGGCAGAAGAUGAGAAGAACACAGAGCCUGGGACCAGGGCACACAAGGACGUUCAGGUCAGCUGAGACAAGGAGACUUGUUCAGAGAUAUCCCUGAAAGAGCCACGUCACUGCAGAGAUGGGACACAGCCUGCGUCACAGCUCUCUCCCACGUAUGUUUUGUCACACCCAGCCAUGGCCUCGGACAGCAGUCACGAUGUGCUCAGUCCUGCCAUCUGGCUGGUCUGCAUCACCCCCGUCCUGCCACAUGCAAGGGUGGCACCUUUAGGGACAGAUGUCACAGCAGGUCCUGGCUCGGCUCAGCAGGGCUUAUUCCAGACCAGACAAGGCACCUGGGGGCACCCCAGCCCCAGGGGCGCAGGAGCACGGGCUGGCACAGGCAGUGCCCUGGGAGGUACCAAGCCAGGCAGUGCCAGCAGCAGCCAGGGAGCAGGUCACCCCUCUGUCUGCAGCCCUGUGGGGCUGGAGCCCUGCCGUACACCCCAGUACCCUGUGCAGCCUGAGCCAUGCCCAGCAUGCCCCAGGGCAGAGCCAGUACUCAUGGGAGCCCAAGAGGGGAGAGCAGUGCUAGGAUUGAGGCCCAUACUUGGGACAUCCCCUGCCACCAUGGUUGUGGGAGGACAGGGUGGAGGUGCUGCUUGUAGGACAUUAGUGGAGCUGACAGCAGCUGCAGGCUUAUGUCUCCCAGGACGAGAAGAAAGGGCAGAGGAGGGAGCCAGUGCCUGCAGGUGUCUGGGAUAGCAGCCUUGAAGGGGGCACACCUGGAAGAGGACAGAGGCCAGGCUUUGCACAGCCACCCCUUCCACAUGACUGGGGACACUGUGGGCUCACCUGUAUGGGUGCCCUGGAUACCCUGUGCCAUGCCCCACAUAGCCCCCUGCACACAACCAGCAUCACAUCCUCUGAACUUCCUGGCUGUGUCCUGGGGACAUGAAGACCUGCCCAACCUCGGCAAGGUGGGAGGGGAUGAGGCAAGUCUGCUGAGCCAGCACCCGAGGCUGUCUCCAAGCCCUGAGGGUUAUUGGGGGUGAGGCAGCCCUUCCCUUCAUUGGCAGCCCUCUCUUCCUGGGCAGCUUUCCUACUAUGGGCAACGCUGUGGCCAGACGCAGCUCCAUGGGGACAGCCAAGCAACCUGGAACAGGACAUGCCACUCACAUUGAAAUUUUCCAAGCAGGCAGCUGUAGCCCUGCAAAGCAGAGGAUCCUAUUCCCUGUCACUCGCUCCCAGCUGUUUCUCUACUGCAGGGAUGCACCAGGGCCUCCAAAACUCUGCUGGGCACUGCCUCAGAUGCCCGUGAGGACAUCUCAGACGGGAGCAGCCCCAGGCCGUGGCUGUGGAGCACCAGUCCCACGGCACAGCCCGUGCUCCCACGCAGUGCCACCAGAAGGCAGGGAGCCACCCAUAGCCACAGACUGGGUCAGGAUGCUUGUGCCAGGAGAGGAGUGGGGGUGAAACGGGGGAGCCGGGGCCAAACGGUGCCGCUUUAGGGCAGGUAAAGCAGCAGCUCCGGGCCGCGUGCCACCUCCGCUGUCCCUGCUCGCGGUGGCAGGGACGGCUUAGUGGGCGCCGCCUGUGCCCGCACACUCCCUGGCAGGUGAUGUCGCAGGAGGACGCGGGAGUUGUCACCCCCGCGCCGGAUAAUCCGAGGAGAUGAGAGCAAGCGAGGCGGCGGCUCCGCAGGUGGCUGCAGGAGCGGCCGUCCGACCCUUCCGCGGGCCCGCGGGGCUGCCGGGCGGCGGGAAGGAGUUAAAGCCACGCGGGUGGCCUGGGGUCGGGGCGACCUGGGCGUGCAGCCGUGGCACAGCCGGCGACCGAGCCGCUGGCCCCGCUCCAGCCGGGGAGUUGCAUAAGCCCGGGGAGUAGCGCCGAGGCGGCGGAGCGCCGCCGGGGCAGGUGACACGGCAGGCGGCACAGCGGGGCGCGCAGCCCGCCCGGGCGCCCUCGGACCCCGCAGCCAUGAGGGCCGGACCCGGGGGGCUCGUCUGGCUCGGGGCGCGUCCCGGCGAUCAGCUCCGGCCAGGGGAGCACGUGUGAAGCGGGGCCGAGCGGAGGCGGCCCCGGGAUUUGGCACGUUCGCAAGGAGCACUCGAGAGCCCCGGGAUGGACGCGGAGGGCCCCGGGCGGUGACGUAAGGACUCGCACGGGCUCGGCUCCACUCGCCAGCCGGCCCCCAUGUCCCCGGGGCCAGCGGCGGCCCCGGCGGAGGGAGGCAGGGCGGCGGCAGAGCUAGCAUGGACCAGCGACUGGGGCCACCAGAGCGAAGGCCUGCAGGACCUGCCACGCACCUGCAGCCCAAGGAGGGGACACUGUGGGGGUUCUUUGCCAUCCUGUCUCUGCUGGCUGGGCUGGCCACAGGCACCCUGCGAACACCACACUGCAACGAGACGCUGGAUGCAGCCCCCACGCCACGGGGCACGGCCACUGCCAGCCUGUCUGCGGAGGAUGGCGUGGAGGCACCACUUGCCGCUGCCUGGAGCCAGCUGUACGGGGACAACGCGACAACAGGUAGCCCAGGCACCGCAGAGCUGGCGGAGGACCUGCUGCUGCGUGCUGAGCGCUCGCCGCCAGGUGCCAGCAAAGCCAAAAAGCCGGGGAUGAAAUCCCCACGGCGCACCCGUGGGCGCAACUGCCACAUCCGCCACCUGAUGGUGAAAGUGCGUGACCUGGGUCUGGGCUUCAACUCGGACGAGAUCGUGCUCUUCAAGUACUGCAGCGGGUCCUGCCACCGGGCACGCAGCAACUAUGACCUGACGCUGGGCAGCCUGCUGCGGCAGCAGCUCAUCGCCCCGGGGCCGCAGGAGCGGGUCCUCAGCCACCCCUGCUGCCGACCCACCCGCUACGAGGCUGUCUCCUUCAUGGAUGUGGAGAACACAUGGCAGACAGUGGAGAAGCUCUCAGCCGCCGAGUGCAGCUGUAUUGGCUGAGGAGGGGGCCGCUGGCUUGGCCCCAGCUCGACACAUGCCGACAGACUCCAGCUUGCCACAUGCAGUGGCACUGUUGCUCAGAACAAGGGUUUGGCAGAGGCCGGUGCCCCUGUUAUUACGUGGCCACAAAGAACCGAGGUGAGGUGGAGUCAUGACUGGGGUGUGGGUGGCCAAGCCCGCUCCUGCUCAGUGCCAAGCAGCUGGUGCCAGCGGCUACAUGGGGUCCUGCCCAGGUGCCCUGGCUCAGCCCUGGGAGACGAGCUGAAGAGAGUAUGGAUCAUCCCCACCACUCCCAAGGGUCUGCCAGCCCAGGGUCCAUCAGCAGCACUCCUGCACCUGUGCUCCAGGGGCCAAGCAUCACCCGAGCUUCAGAGGGGGCAAAACCUCCCUGUCCCCUCGGGCACGCUGGAAUCAGUGGUGCAGGGGAGGGCUGUCCCUGAGGGCAGGGAUGCAGUGGGGCCAAUUUGCACCAGAGUGGAGUGGGGGGUCUGCACCCGGACCAGGAGCAGACCCUAGUAUUCCGCAGGGUGUUCUGUCAUAGACACCCGUUGGGACCCCCACCCCUGCCUGGUUCCCAGGGUAGUGGCAGGGUCCCCGCGCUGCUCCGUGGUGCUGUGGCACUAAACUAUUUAUUACUCUAAAUUAUUUAUUUAUUGUUCUCGAGCGGCAGCUCCUAUUUAUGACUUUGGGCCCCCAGCGGCCGGGUGUAAUUUAACCCCAGCGCUGCACUGAAGCCCUGGGCAGCGCCCCGUGCACCCCGCAUCCUUUUUCUAUUAUUUGUAAAAUUUGAGGGAUAAACUCUAUUUUUGUACAGUCGCCUUUUCCUGUAGCAAUAAAGCGAUGGGC